AUGUCCAACCAGACCAUUGCCGACACCGACACGCCCGACCCAUGGAUGGUCGCCGCGCACAACCGCUUCUAUCUGACCUUCACCUGCGGCGACCGUGUCGAGAUAUGGAUGUCGCACAGUAUGGAGAACUUCCGGAACUGCAAGAAGAUCAUCGCUUGGAAGCCACCGCCGGCGACGCCCUGGGUGGUCGACCUCUGGGCGCCCGAACUCCACUACCUGAACGGGAGGUGGUACAUCUACUUCUGCGGCGCCCAUCCGGAGGUUGGGAACGCAUGCCACCGCACUCUCCUGCUGCGCAGCCAGAGUCAGGAUCCGAUGGAGGCGGGCGCGUGGGAGUUUCUCGGGCAGAUGAAGGGCCUGCCGGACCACUGGAACAUCGACGCCACCGUCUUCUUCCUGCCGCGCACCCAGAAGCUGUACUGCUGCUACUCCGGGUGGCCGCUGGGCGACAACUCGGACCGGCAGCAGGAUCUGUUCCUCAUCGAGCUGGAGACGCCCGAGGUCGCACGGCCGGAGACGCUCACCUGCAUCUCCCGGGCAGAACUACCGUGGGAGAGGGCCGAUGGCGGCACACACGGUGUCAACGAAGGGCCCACGUUCGUCAGUAUGCCCGGGGGCUUUGAAGGAAUCAUCUACAGCGCCAAUGGCAGCUGGACCAGCGACUACAGACUGGCCCUGUUACAGCUUGUCGGCGACGACCCGCUAAAGGAGUCGUCAUGGAGGAAACGACCGACACCGCUCCUGGUCAGUGACCGAGCCAAGGGGGGCCCGUUCGGACCCGGUCAUGCCAGCUUCCUCCCUUCGCCGUACGGGGAUGGGAGGGUGUACUGCAUCUACCACGCGACGGAGCACUGGGGGGAGGGAUGGAACAACCGUAAAGCCCGCGUCCUCAGUUUCGGGCUGGAGCAUUUCCAUCCCCAGGCACAGCCCAUGUGUUGCGCUUUGUCUAUCUCUGGGCUGUGGAGCGGUGGUGUCUCGGUGUCCAACGUCGGGGGAGUGGCUGGCAACAGGUCCCCCCAGCAGGGAGCGCAACAAAUACAGCACAGUCGUGAGCAAGGGGCGACUUUGAUCGACAAGCUGGGUGGGAAGUUAUGGAGCAAGUUGAGGGACUUCUCAUAA